AUGGUCUUCAGCGAAGGGAAACUAACCUGUGAACGGGCUGUGAUGUCUGCAUCCCGUACAUGGGUGCAGAAGGGGAACCUGCGCAUGAAGUACCAGUCAGCGCAGGACGCUCGAUGUUCUGUUAGCAAUCCUGACCAGGUGAUACAUCCUUCCCAAGUCCCCACUCCCGGCAUCGUAGAAACCCCCUUCUGCGCCAGACGUUUCUGCAUCGCCAUGGAAACAGGGAAUCGUGCCCGUACUCCGUACUGCCCUCGUAACGGGCAGGCCAGAAAACGCCCACCAACGUCACCCCAUUUGUCAGGCCACGGGUCACCACGCUCUCACAGGUAG